GAUCUCAGCCAGGCACUCGAGCGAGUCUGGUGGCGAGAGGUUUAAAAACCUGGUUUUAAACUGAAACUGGUAGGCCUUGGGUUUUAAAGAGAAGAGGCUGGCUAGAAAUAACUGGGAAGCACGGAAUCAGGGAGUGAAGGCAGCUUUACCACACGCUGAAGACAGUGUCUCGGGGACGCCGAGGCUUUUCCUCGCGCGCGGCGGAUUCGCCUCCUCCGUGUGGAGAAGACGCGGCUGGGUGAGCGGGAAAGCGCGGAGGAGGUUGUCUGGAACUGACGUGCGCGUGUGUCUGGGGCUCGGCACGUGACUGAGCGGGGAGUUCACUCUCCCCUCUUCCUUCCUUCGUCAGGGGAGGAGCAGGAGGAGCCGAGGGCGGCGGGGCGCCUGGUAUGAACUUAGAAGACAGCCGCGACAGCAGCAGCGCGGGCAUCCACAGCACCAGCGAGGGCGGCGGGAUGAGCUCGGUGAGCUGCGGGAACGGGAAACUCCGGCAGUGGCUGAUUGAGCAGAUUGACAGCGCCAAAUACCCGGGCCUGGUAUGGGAGAACGAGGAGAAGAGCAUCUUUCGCAUCCCCUGGAAGCACGCGGGCAAACAGGACUACAACCGCGAGGAGGACGCCGCUCUCUUCAAGGCUUGGGCUCUAUUUAAAGGAAAGUUCAGAGAAGGCAUUGAUAAACCAGAUCCUCCCACUUGGAAGACAAGGCUGCGCUGUGCUUUGAACAAGAGCAAUGAUUUUGAAGAACUGGUUGAAAGAAGCCAACUGGACAUAUCGGACCCAUAUAAAGUGUACAGAAUAGUACCAGAAGGAGCAAAAAAAGGGUCAAAACAACUUAGCAUGGAAGAUCCACAGAUGAUUAUGAAUAAUGCUUUCACUCUGAAUUCAUCAUAUUCUGCACUACAGCCUCAGGUGCCAAACUACAUGGUAUCUCAUGACCGUAACUGGAGGGAAUACGUACCAGAGCAGUCACAUCCUGAUCUUUCAUACCAGUGUGCAAAUGUUUCUUUUCCACCUCGUAAUCAUCACUGGCAAGGUCCAUCAUGUCAGAAUGCAGGUUGUCAAGUAACUGGGACUUUUUAUGCUUGUGCACCACCUGAGACACAGACUUCUGGCAUCCCAAUAGAGGGAAACAUCAGGUCUAGUGAAGCUCUUCCAUUGUCAGAUUGUCGAUUACACAUCUGUUUGUAUUACCACGAAACUCUUGUGAAAGAAGUCACCACUUCAAGUCCAGAGGGCUGUAGGAUAUCUCAUGGUCAUAGUUAUGAGGUCAGCGGCAUGGACCAAGUUCUGUUCCCUUAUCCAGAAGAUCAUAACCAGAGGAAAACAACUGAAAAAUUGCUUUCUCACCUGGAAAGAGGAGUAAUAAUCUGGAUGACGCCUGAUGGCCUUUAUGCUAAGAGACUUUGUCAAAGCAGGAUCUAUUGGGAUGGGCCUCUGGCAUUUUGCAGUGACAGGCCUAACAAGUUGGAAAGGGAGCAGACAUGCAAGCUUUUUGAUACUCAGAAAUUUUUAUCAGAACUACAAAUAUUUGCCCACCAUGGGCGGCCAUUACCUAGAUUCCAGGUUGUGUUAUGUUUUGGGGAAGAGUUUCCUGAUCCACAAAGACAGAGAAAACAAAUUACAGCUCAUGUCGAACCAGUGUUCGCUAGGCAGCUAUACUAUUUUGCACAGCAAAACACUGGACCUUUUCUGAGAGGCUACGAUAUAUCAGAACAGAUAACCAGUUCAGAAGAUUAUCAUAGAUCCAUCCACCAUUCCUCUGUUCAGGAAUAAACACAGGAACACUGAAGUCUGAAUGACAUCUUGGGAGGUAAGCAGAAGGCAAAGAAUUUCGGAUCACAGCUAAAGGAUGUAAAUCAAUGCUUUGAAUUUUCCUGGGAAAUCAUCACCACCUACAGCUGGAAAUGUACAUGAAAUGGA